AUGACCGCCAUGGCCGGGAGAGUGGCUAUGAUCACUGGUGCUGCAGGCGGCAUCGGAAAGGCUACUGCUCACAAACUUGCUAGCCGUGGUAUAUCUGUCAUCAUCGUCGACAUGAACGACAACGAUGGCCCGAUAGUAGCCAACGAAGUCGCGAAACAGUGGAAUGUCCGCAGCAAGUUCCUCAAGGUCGAUAUAACCCAAGAACAACAGGUCAAGGAGGCAAUAGCUUCCACUACCGAAUGGACUGGUCGGCUCGACUAUGCUGCCAACUGUGCUGGUACUUGUGAAUCCAUCUGGGCGGAGGAGGAGAGCAUCACCACGGAGCUUUUUGAGAGGACUCAUGCCAUCAACACUCGUGGACUCUGGCUAUGUCAGAAAUAUCAAGCCUUCCAGAUGAGGACCCAGGAGCCUCGUCCGAUCUCUUUUUCUCCUGCAUGUCCGCAUACAAUACCAGGACAGCGGGGAUCCAUCGCUAAUGUCGUCUCGAUAUCCGGACUCCAGGCGGCUGGCUUGGCUGCGUACACACCGAGCAAGUAUGCAGCCAUAGGAGUCACCAAGAACGGAGCCAAGUUCUAUGGCCCAAGUGGUGUUCGCGUUAACGCUCUCUGUCCGGGAUGGACCUUGACGGCAAUGGUCGAACAUAGCAUGGGGAAAGAAGGCACGAUUGGCACACAGGAGAACAAUGAUUCUGCGGUAAGCAAGCAGAUCGGACUCCGAAGGAUGGCUUUUGCCGAGGAGCAAGCGAACGUGCUGAGUUUCUUGUUGAGUGAUGAGAGCUCGUAUAUUAAUGGAAGUCUCCUGGUGAACGAUGGAGGAUUCCACGACAUCAGGUAG